GAUCCACACCUGUGUUUUCCACUUUGAGAACACCCGGUGUUUUUGUGUAACUGUCUGGGAUACCUGCGCGUUGCCCUUUAUAAAUGUCGGACUGAAUAUAACUGCUAUGACAGGGAAACUAGCGGACAAGAUCCCUCUUACCAUGAGCAGUUUAAUAAACACGAUCCCUGACAGUCUCUACCCAGAAGAGGACAUCCCGACGUCUAUGAAUAUUUUCACCAGUACGGAAUCCAUUAAUCACUAUUCGCAGAUGAACACAGAUAAUAUCAUGGAUCUGGGCAUGGGAAGCGAGAAAGCAACCUCAGAGAUUCAGUAUGGAUCAAGCUUCCAGUCCAACCGAAGCGGGCAGACUGUCACCUACUUGGGGAAGUUUGCCUUUGACACUCCUCCUUCUGGUGGCAUUGGUGGUUCUGGCUGGUGCUCUGAUAACAAUAUCAUCAGUCUUGUCAGUGCAGGAAUCCUCGGUGUUUCUCCAUCACCCGGCACAGUAACAACGCAGACAUCAUCCUCCGCAGCAAGCAUGGGCGGACAGACGUCAGACAUGGAGCAGGUAUAUGGUCCACCACUGCCUGCCUAUUCCACCUGUGGUGACCUGUACCAGGAUCAGGUCUCCUUUCAUCACAGCCCUGCCACCAGCACACCUCUAGCCUACCCAGGCAAUGACUAUCACUCCACAUCCAAAGCCUCCAUGGAUGGCAGUCUUUUCUCCAUGAUCCCUGACUACAACCUUUUCCACCAUCAAGGGGAGGUCGGUGUGAUGGAGCACAAGCCCUUUCAGACCAUGGACCCCAUCCGAGUCAACCCUCCACCUAUCACACCCCUGGAGACCAUCAGAGCAUUCAAAGACAAGCAGCAAAUUCACCCAGGUUUCAUCGGCGGGCAGCAGCACCCACCUCAACACCACCCCCCACCACAGACUCUCACCCUAAAACCCAUCCGACCACGGAAGUACCCCAACCGUCCCAGCAAAACCCCAGUCCACGAGCGGCCGCACGCCUGUCCGGCAGAGAAUUGCGACAGACGCUUCUCGCGCUCAGAUGAGCUCACACGUCACCUUCGCAUCCACACGGGUCACAAACCCUUCCAGUGCCGAAUAUGCAUGCGCUCCUUCAGCAGGAGUGACCACCUGACCACACACAUUCGCACACACACAGGUGAGAAACCCUUCUCCUGUGAGUUCUGUGGACGCAAGUUUGCCAGAAGCGACGAGCGAAAGAGACAUGCAAAGGUGCACCUGAAACAGAAGGACAAGAAGCCAGCUGACAAGAACAGUGGGGCAGCUGGGAGCCACAGCUCGCCACCCAGCUCCUGUGGGGGGCCAACUGUGGGAACAUCAUGACCAUCACUACGUGCACUUGGACUGGACCCUCACCACACACAAUAAAGAGACGUAGGAAGAAGGGAUCACGUCCGCUAUGAGAUAAAUAGGUGACUCUUUUCCUCUCUUUUUACACCCCUGCUCUUUUCAGUUCCUUCUAUUUUGAGAUGGAUGCCUUUAGUUUAAGUAAGAGGGGAAAGGCUGCUACGCCCUUCUCUUUCAAGCAACUCAGAGCCUCAGCUACUGUAACACAGUGCCAACACAAAGAAGGGCACCUUGUCACAUUCUGUGUAUCUAUAGGUUUUGGAGUGGAUACACUUUUGUAAAUUUGAAUGAAAUUUUUUAAAUUGGAAGGAAGCCAGAAUCCACAAUAGCGGUCGAAAACAGACAGAAUUCUAAGGGAGAUAAGGAGCGAGUCGUCUGGGAUGUAUGCAUUAAUUUUAUUAGGCUGUUUAAAAGUGCAAUUGGUUACAUUUGUGUACCGUCAUGGAAACCUUAUUAGUGGCACUUGACUGUCUUUUUUGUUGUUUUUGUUAAGGUGUAGUGUUUUUUUUUUUAUAUUAUUAUUUUUCUUUUACUCUUUGAAUGUUGUUUUCUCAAAGGAAUGUGCCAAAUGUAUUGUGGUGAUGCAGCCAACCUUGUUCUUUUUAUUGUGCCUGACAUUUGCCAAACAUAACAGUGGUAUCAGCUUAGCACAAAUGUUGAGUUAAAGGAAAGAUCAGAUUCAUCAGCCACACACCAGAUUCAGAUUUACCUGCACAAUGGAGUCAACUCUAGAGAAUGAUGUCUUGUCCUGUUACAUGUGCACACACGCCUGCAGCAAUCGAUGCCUUUGCCAAUACUUAUUUAUUUGUAGUCACUGUGAGACACUGUGUUUUUUUUUUUGUUUUUUUUUGCCUUUCUAUAUGGUAGCUUUAUGUGGCGUUACCAGAUAUAAUUUCUAUUGCUUUUAAUUUUUUUAAGCUCACCAAUACUGUUCAUUUCUCAGUUUUCUUGAGUUCUGCAAUUAUAUGCAAUAUAGUCAUGACAAAUCCCACCAAACUAAAAAUCAAUUUAACCAAGAGCACAGUCAGACAAUAAACAUUGGGUUGCAAACCAGCAGUAUAUGAAAGCAAAGCUGAUUAAGGAUAAUAAUGAUAGAGGCCACUUUUCUGUGAUUCUUAGAGUAGAAACUAAACUAAACUGCUUGGUUUUAAGUCAUCGAAUGAUGAGCAGUAUCUGGUAAGAGAAAAAGAGAAAUAUCCAAAUCCAUGUUUACAUCUUUUCUAAUACAGAGAGACUGAGCUGUAAACUAACAUGUUUUUGUUUUUUGUUUUGUUUUUGUACAGAAUACAAAUAUGUAUGCAGGUAGCUACAGUAGAAGUUUCACUUUUGUACUCAAAUGUCAAAUGCACCAUAAUUCAGUAUUAAACCGUGCAUAAAAUUUAUGUGCAUGCCUUCAUGCACACUAUGUAAAUACAAAUGUCUGCAUAAACAAGAAUUUUCAAUUGACUGAAUGCUUGUGCAGAAUGUGUCUUAAAGCUUUUAGUAAUGUAGUUAUAAUACAGAAUAUUUUGUUGUCAUAGGUGAUUGCAAAAAAAAAAAAAAGAUUUUUUUUUUUUUUUUUUGGAGCACUACAGUAGUGCCAAAUAUGGUGUGCUAUCUCCCAUUAAAAAAAAAAGAAUAAUAGCAUCUGCACCAUGUGUAUGCUUUAA